AUGAACAAACUUCUAGUGCCCGGAGUUGGCGUCCUCGUGGUGGCCGUCGUCAUCGGCGUCCUUGCCAAUACAAGCAAUCAAAACGUAGCUGAUUCCGCCUCCACCAGCGACGGCGACGAGGCGCUGGCCUCCACCACCAGGACGCUGGCGGCGAUUUGCUCGGUGACUAACCACAAGCAGAAAUGCGUGGACAGCCUUAGCGCCGUGGCCAAGAACGAGAGCGCCGUGCCGAGUGACUUCAUCCAAGCGGCCAUCCAGUUAACCAUCACCGAAAUUAAAGCGGCGCUCAAUGGAACCUCGGAGAUUGGGAAAUCCGCGAAUGAUUCUCUGAACAAGAUGGCUUUCGACGACUGCAAGGAGCUGAUGGACUACGCCAUCAUGGAGCUCCAAGCUUCGUUUUCCAUGGUGGGCGACAGCGAUAUCCACACCGUCGCCCGCCGCGAGGCGGAGCUGAGGAACUGGCUGAGCGCCGUGAUCACGUACCAGCAGACGUGCAUGGACGGGUUUACGCAGCCGGAGCUGAAGAGCGCGAUGUCGGACGGGCUGCUCAACGCCACGGCGCUCACCAGCAAUGCCUUGUCCAUUGUUUCGGCCAUUUCAGAGAUCAUGCUCGCUUUCAACAUCCCGUGGAAUUCCACCUUUCGGAACCUUCAGGAACUUGGCCACGACGGAGACGAUGACGAGUAUCCUUCCUGGUUCUCGAGCAACGACCGGAAACUGGUGGAGGCUAGUAGGAACGGAGUCAACCCGAAGCCGAAUGCGGUGGUGGCGAAGGACGGGAGCGGGCAGUACAAGACCAUCUCCGCGGCGCUGGCGGCCGCGCCCAAGAAUUCCAAAGACAGACACGUUAUCUACGUGAAGGCAGGGAUUUAUGAUGAGUAUAUUAUCAUGGAAAAAGAUCUGACGAACAUCUUCAUGUAUGGAGAUGGGCCGAGGAAGACGAUGGUGACAGGAAACAAGAGCAAUCGUGGAGGCUACUCCACCUGGAAGACAGCCACAUUCAGUGUAAUUGGGACCGGCUUCAUAUGCAAAUCAAUGGGAUUCCAGAACACAGCGGGGCCGGAAGGACACCAGGCGGUGGCUCUCCGAGUCCAGUCCGAUAUGUCGGCGUUCUACAACUGUAGAAUGGACGGCUACCAAGACACGCUCUACGCCCAAGUCCACCGCCAAUUCUACCGGAAUUGCGUCAUAUCCGGCACAGUUGACUUCAUCUUCGGCGACAGCGCCACCGUCAUCCAAAACUCGUUGAUCAUCGUCAGGAAACCAAUGGACAACCAGCAGACCACGGUGACAGCGCACGGAAGAGAAGAAGCCAACCAACCCAGCGGGUUCGUCAUCCAGAACUGUCGGAUCGUCCCCGAGGAAAAGCUCUUCCCAGUAAGGUUCAAAAUCCCAACAUACCUCGGCCGACCAUGGAAGCAGUAUUCGAGGACCGUGAUCAUGGAGUCGACGCUAGCGGAUUUCAUCCAGCCGGCAGGGUGGCUGCCGUGGAGCGGUAACUUCGCCCUCGACACUCUCUACUACGCCGAGUACGCGAACCGCGGCCCAGGCUCCCCCACUGACAAGAGGGUGAAUUGGAAGGGUUACAGAGUGCUCAAGGACCGGAACGAGGCCCAAAAAUUCACCGCCGCGGAGUUCAUCCAGGCCAAACAAUGGCUGCCGAUGACCGGAGCAAAUUACUUCCUUGGCUUCAAACCUUGAUCAAGGUGAUCAGAUGGAUGAAGAUUGCUGGAGAGCUCCGAUGAAGCUACGGUUUGCAGGGAUGAGAGGAUGGAUUUAGAGGGCCAUCCCCAUCCCCGUCCUCCCGCCUGGUACUACACUAAGCUGUCGGACUCGCACGCCAUUUUUCCGUUUAAAAAUAUUCUUUCUCCACUGUUGAAGAAAUAAAAUCUCACACAAUUGUGGCAUGGACAUUGACAUCAUGCCAUGUUUUUAGGUUAAUUAGAUGGAUUUUGAACUAUUUUACAGCCAGUA